GCCUGAAACGUUGUGGUAACACGUCAUUUGUAAAUAGUUUUUACGAGUUUUAAAGCAUAACUGCUAUAAGAAUAAUAUUUUCCGUAUGUUAAAAUGCUGUGAUUUUCGUUACGUCAGGCAAUUGAACAUCGCUGAUUUUGAUAAGCUUAUCACCUCCUUCGCAACAAGUACUUUUUAAAAAAUUGUCUGCAAUAUGCUCUGUAUUUACCAUCUGUCAGGAACAUCUUGACAGUAAUUAUACCUUACUGCUGUUUAGAAUUAUGGGUGUCGUAAUCUUAUUUCCAAUUAUUUUACUUUUGGUUGUGUUAUUGUCAUUGUCAACAUGCUGUUCGGAAGAGGUAAAACAUCACAUGACUGCAACAGAGCGAAUGGAACUCAGGGAGGAAGCCAGAGAUAUGUUUUACCAUGCUUAUCAUGCAUAUAUGGAAAAUGCUUACCCUGCAGAUGAACUUAUGCCAUUGAGUUGCAAAGGGAGGUACCGUGGACUAACACCUUAUAGAGGAGAUAUUGAUGAUUGUUUGGGAAAUUUUUCUUUAACAUUGGUGGAUACAUUGGAUACUUUAGUGAUAUUGGGUGACUUGGAAGAAUUUGAACAUGGAGUAAAAUUGAUUGUAAAAGAUGUUUCGUUUGCCAAUGAUGUUGUUGUAUCAGUCUUUGAAACGAAUAUACGUGUCUUGGGGGGCUUAUUAUCUGCUCAUAUUUUGGCUGAAUAUUUACAACAGCGAACUGAUUUUCUUCAAUGGUAUCGAGGAGAACUGCUUCAAAUGGCAAAGGAUGUAGGUGAUAGGCUGCUGCCAGCAUUUAACACCACUACUGGUAUUCCUUACUCUAGGAUAAAUUUAAAAUAUGGCAUUAAAAAUGAUAGGGUAGAAUCCCUUAGAGAAACUUGCACCGCUUGCGCGGGUAGUAUGAUACUAGAGAUGGCAGCACUUUCUCGAUUAACUGGUGAGCCUAUUUUUGAAGAGAAAGCCCAUAGGGCUAUGGAUGAGUUGUGGAAAAUGCGUCAUCGCAGUUCCGAUUUGAUGGGUUCCGUCUUAAAUGUCCACUCGGGCGAUUGGGUUCGUCGUGAUUCAGGUGUAGGAGCUGGUAUUGAUUCCUAUUACGAAUAUUGCCUUAAAGCCUAUAUAUUACUCGGAGACGAAAAAUACUUGAACAGGUUUAAUAGGCACUAUGAAGCCAUCAUGAAAUACAUAUCCCAAGGUCCUAUGCUUCUCGAUGUACACAUGCACAGGCCCUACACAAAUUCCAGAAACUAUAUGGAUGCUCUUUUGGCUUUCUGGCCUGGACUGCAGGUGCUGAAAGGUGAUAUUAAACCUGCUGUUGAAACACAUGAAAUGCUGUAUCAAGUCAUGCAACGUCAUAAAUUCAUUCCAGAAGCAUUCACUACAGAUUUUCAGGUCCAUUGGGGCAAUCAUCCUCUUCGACCUGAGUUCCUUGAAUCAACAUAUUUCCUUUUUAAAGCCACAAACGACCCAUAUUAUCUGGAAGUAGGAAAAAACGUGUUGAAAAGCCUUCAGAAAUACGCCAGAGUGCCUUGCGGUUAUGCAGCCGUUAAUGACGUUCGUACUGGACGUCAGGAAGACCGGAUGGAUUCGUUCGUCUUGGCCGAAACGUUUAAAUAUCUUUUUCUACUAUUCGCCGAUGACGAUGACCUUAUUUUGAAUUUGGACGAAUUCUUGUUUACCACGGAAGGUCACCUUUUGCCUUUGACAUUAGCGGUGAGGACCAACCGGUCAACUAACUCCUUGGACGAAGAAAUCGACGAUCGGGAGUUUUCCAGGACCUGUCCUAAUACUCUACAAUUAUUUCCUGAGUCAGUGAGGAAGCCUCUUGCAAAUAUGGUUGAUGGCAUAUGUCCAAAAAAAUUACAAAGACGUCGUCUUACCGCUGGUGAAUUUUCUGCUUCUAAUUUGGAACACUUGAAAAUUAUCAAAGACAUGGGUAUUAACAUUGUGGCCUUAAGUGAUGGACGGGUUCAAUUGCUACACAGCGUUUCUGGAGCUAGAACAGUUGCGGACGCUGAGGAAGGAAUACUGUUCAUGCAGGAAAUGGUAGAACUGUCUCAUAUGCAGUCCUAUGGUGGAUCCGAAUCACCCGCUCAAGCUGUAAUUUUCACAACGAAAGAUAAGGACGGCAAGGAUCGUACCGUAACAUUACAGGCGGGUCCGGCGCAGUUUGGACCUACUAUGCGUGGCGAUCGAAAGGUCACUGCGCGUGCGUUAACAGUUGAACCGUUUCGCGCUUGCUCCGAGAUCUCUUUCCCGGACCAUGUUCGCGGCAAGAUAGCGAUUAUCGAAAGGGGUGGUUGCAUGUUUGUGGACAAAGCGCGAAGAGUGCAAAAAGCUGGCGCGGUUGCGGGUAUAGUAAUCGAUAAUGUGUCGGGAAGUAGCGCGACUAGUUCGCCGUUGUUUUCCAUGUCGGGGGAUGGGACUGAUGAUAUAAAGAUUCCCUUUGUCUUUCUGUUCUCUCAGGACGCGUCCGAAUUGCUUCUUGCCCUCAUGGCCGAUUCUGAUGUAACUGUUACCAUAGGGGAGUUGAAAAAUGAUGCGGAAACUUGGCCCCCAAACGAAGAGGAGUCUAUGUUCCAGAAGUUGAAAGUGUCCGUUCAGGAGUUCUUGAACAGACAUACGGGAAUUGCUUUCUCCAAGUCCGUAAAGGUUGGAAUAUUCAAGGCCGACAUUGGAACCGAUAAAAUUAGGAUAACUAGAGAGACACCUGAAUCAGAACUGGAUGUUGCAGAAGUGACAACGAAUCAACAGUGGAGCCAAAUAAGACGUGGACUGAUUCAGUCUUUGAAUAAUUCUGAGAAGAAUGAAAUCUAUGUUCCUCUGAAUAUUUUACGCAUAUAUUAUCAGACGCUCAGCCAGGCUAGUUUGGAAGAAUUGAAUGCUAAAGAUGUUGUCAAACAAACCGAAUGGCUUUUGAGGGAACUUAACAUUGAGAACGGUCGUCGUGAUAAUGACAGCUUGAUUGAGGCGCGAGAGGUAAAUAGUGACAAGUCGGUAGGUGAUAGUAGUAACAUGGAUGUAUUGACAGACAAAUUGGGAAAGCUGGAGACGCUAAGUUCUCUAUUGGACACUAUCAGUGAGAUAGAAAUAAAAGUUAGGGAAGAAAUAGAAAAAGGUUCCGACGAUUUGGUAAUUGGAAAGGUAAAAGAGGAAAAUGACAAAGUAAUUCUCUCCGCAGAGCAGUUGUCGUCUUCUGAUAAUUCAGAGGAGAGUAGUAAAACAAAAAAGAGUUCUAAAGAACAAAAAAGACAUAUUCCCGACGAAUUGUGAUGCUAAAAGUUUAGAAUUACUUAAUAUCUUUAUUAUAAUUUUCUAAUACGAACAUUAAAAGACUGCAAUCAAAAACUAAGCGAAUGAAUGUCUCAUUUUCUGCAGGAGGCUUCUAAAGUGCUUUUCUUCUUUUAUGUUUGAAUGUUAAUGUUUCUUAAAUUUGAAUGUGUAGAUAAGUUAAGUAAUAUAGAUGUAUCUGCUAAGCCAAAUGCUCCAAAUGCUCCAAUUUUAUGCGUCUUUUUAAUUUUCACAAAGUUUAAAAAGUGAUAUUAUUUUUGAUUUUUUGUUAAUUUGGUAAUAAUUUUACAUAGCUGUUCUAUAACAAAUAAUGCUAAUUAUUCACAUAUUUAUAUUGUAUGAAAAAAUUGUAUUGAAAAAAUAGUGUGACAGUCACUUAAAAAAAACUAAAAUUAUCUUUUGUCUAUCUAAUCUAUUAUACUAAAAAGAACCAGGAUAUAAAACACUGAAUAAAUAUAUAUAUAUUUUAUUAGGAAUUUAUUUUAACUUUCUUCCUAAACAGAUUUAUUUAUUUUUAUCAGAAUCCUCCUGUAGCUUACAAUUAAUUUAUUGUGAUUUAAAAACUUCUGUAUGGAAUUUAAAUUUACCAGUUACAUCAGAAGUGAUGUUUCUUUUGUGGGGACGUAUUAAUCAAUACAUAACCCCCAGAAGAUAUUCUUCUUUAAUUACCUUUGUAAUUUAUAGUACAUAUUGUUGUUUUUUUUUUGUUUGAGGGAUCUUUCUACUAUUGAAUGAUGCCAGCAAAAAUAAUAACAAAAUAUUUAUCGAAAA